AGCAGACUCCACUGCCAACCACCCUCUACAUACUCCGACAUCCAAACACUAUAACCCCCUCGAUCACAAUACCGAAAACAUGAACUCGACCGAGCCAACUCAAGAAACAUCACCAGCAAAACAGCAAGAAAUAGAAAACGCAGAAGGAACUGGACUCACUAAUAAUCAGCUGAAAGAGGCGGGCGAACAAUCCGGCACGAAGGACCAUCAUCCAGCUGACCGCAAUGUUGAAGCAGAGAGCGAACGUGAGGCGGUUAUAGAGGGAGGCGCAGGGAAGGAGCAGGGGGAAGGAUUGGUAAAGGGCAAAGAGCUACCGAAAAUGAAAGAGGAAGAAGUGGAGGAGGCGAAAGAGAAAGAACCGGCACCAGACCUGAGCCAACAACCAGAAGAACCAGACACAGAAAGCCUGCCGUUACCCGAAGAAAAAGUAAGAAAGCCGCAAGAGAAUCAACAUCAGCAAGAAACCCAAGUGCCGCCAAUCGAAAGCCAAACAAAACCAAAUGACCGUCCAUCAACAACAACCGAGCAGAAUCUGGCCCAAGAUCCAAACCGAUCGGAUCACGAGCAGGCCGAUCAAUUCAGUCCUCAAGUUCAAGAGCUUCUGGCCAUCUUCCCCCAGAUUCAACCCUCUAUCCUUGAAGACGUUUUAGCUGCUCACGGGAAUGUCGUUUCUGCCUGUAUAUCCGACCUACUCGCCAUUAGUGACCCCACCUAUAAACCCUCAGCACAAGAAUCGUUGGUCCAAUCGGACGAAGAACUAGCCCGACAAUUAUCCUUACAAGAGAGUCAACAGCAACAAGGGUCACAAGAACAGCAGCAGAUCUCAAACCUGCCCUACCAGCCACGAAUCAAGCGCAACACGCCGCCUAAUCGGAGCUUCGUCAGACCUGGGCCUGCCCAACCAGUCGAGCAGGCUUUGGCUGACCCAAUUGGCGGCCAGCCCGGCCUGUCCAGUGGAGGAAAGGACGAGAUCCAGAAGAUUGCUGAGGAGAUCGGCAAGUUGGCCGAAACCGGCAAGAAGACGAUGUCGAUGUGGUUGGAGAAAGCUAAGGCUAAGAUGCAAGAGAUCCAAUUACCAAACCAGCCUCCCUCCCAGGCGGAGAGUCUGGAGGGCGGCUAUGAACACGUCGGCCGACCAUCUUCUUCGUCGAAUCCUGUUUCCCCAAAUCCUGCCAAUCACCCCAACCCUUCAGCACCAUCUACCACCAAGAAUUCUAGGAUCACUCCUGCUCUCCCACACGCCUCUAGAUAUGCCAAUACCAACCGUACCAAUCCCAGCACCCAGUCAUCGGCACGAACACUCGGCGGGCCUGUAAUGUCGUCCCAUCAUGGAUCUUCAGAGACCCCGCGGGCAGUAGUGGAAGGAUACCAAGUAGAAGAUUCUCAUCCAUCCUCAACUCCUCACGACCGCGAAAGACUCGCUGGCUCCAAGGCCGACGCUUCCGUCCCGGCCCUCGCUAAGAUUCCCUCCGCCCAAUCCUCGGCUAUCCUUCCUCAACAUCAUCAGGCUAAGGUGCGAGACGACGACGAGGAAUCCCUGGAGUAUACUCGCAACCCCUUUGAGGACGACGAUUGAUCCAGAUUCACAACACAAAAAGAAAAGAAAGAAGAAGAAAAAUCUUUCGCAUAGCACGACUUACACGGAGAUUUGUAUAAGGCUGAUCGUACCCCGACGAUGCGCAUACAAGCUCAUUUAUAUCUACACCCCCAAAACAUUCCUCCAUAUUUCCUUUCUUUUUUCUUAAGUAUAUAUAUGUGUGUGUAUAAAUGUAUGUAAAUCCAAUCACUCCUCUGGCCUACAUAGAAAGAUGUUGUACAAAUACAGCAAAGUUUCUCUGUCUCUACAUGCCCAUGUCACCCAUGCCUUUUCAUUCUGUACUUACAUCUUUCACAGACAAGUUCUGAUUAGCCUUCUGAGCUGUUCCUUCUGCUUUGCCCAUUCAUCAACUCAGUCAAGUAGUUCUUACUUUCUGGAAAUGAACCCAUGGCAUCAUUGUGUGCUGGGCAACUGGAAUGAGGUGCCAAGGUGUGACCUUUGCUAUCAAUAUUGGCAUAUCUAUUAUACA